GUCCAAUUACACAAACUUAUAUACACUAAAAAUUUAGAAAUGAAGAUAAUAGAUUUGGAAAAUAAAUAAGUAAAUAAAUAAAAACUACAGGAAUCACACUUUAGUAAAAACACAAAAUUUGCAUUUUACAAAUGACUUAUACAAAUCCACCAUCGUUAGAAAUCAGAAGGUAUAAUUAAAAUGGAUAUAUGUCCAAGAACACAAACUUAUAUACAUUAAAAAUUUAGAAAUGAGGAUACUAGAUUUGGAAAAUAAAUAAGUGAAUAAAAUAAAAACUACAGAAAUCACACUUUAGUAAAAACACAAAAUUUGCAUUUUACAAAUGACUUAUACAAAUCCACCAUCGUUAGAAAUCAGAAGGUAUAAUCAAAAUGGAUAACUGUCCAAUAACACAAACUUCUAUACACUAAAAAUUUAGAAAUGAGGAUAACAGAUUUGAAAAAUAAAUAAGUAAAUAAAAUAAAAACUACAGGAAUCACACUUUAGUAAAAACACAAAAUUUGCAUUUUACAAAUGUCUUAUACAAAUCCACCAUCGCUAGAAAUCAAUAUGAUUAAUUUAUUGCAGACAAAAUAAGAAAAAUUAAACUGAGACCAAGCAUCUGCAACGAAAAGCAAUUACAAGAAUGUACAAAUAUAAAAACAUAUAAUAGCGGCCCAAUUAUUGAAAAAAAAUAAAAACAAAAAGUUAUCAUACUACUACACUUACCUCAAAACUAAAUCAAUGCAAUUUUCUGCACUUACCUCAAAACUAAAUCAAUCAAUGCAAGUUUACAAUCAAUAGCAAAUACAUGAAUGUACAAAAUUCAAAUAUACAUAACUUCUGUUCAAUGGAUUGAAGCUCCAGCCCCUCUAACAACCCGGGCCUAACUGCAUUCCCACAUUCUAGAAUGGAGAUCAAAUCAGACGAAAUUUGGUGCAGAAUGAUCAUGACAAUAUCCUCUUUAAUUUGUGAUCAAAAUGAGGACUCAGAACAUCAUGGAUCGCACUGCAUUGGUGGUCGAAGUUUAUAGAUUUAGCCAGAUUUUUGCCCCUCCAUGAAAAAUUUGUUUCAAGACGAUCAAUGGGCAUCAAAAUGUUCGUGACGGAUCAAGCAUCGAUUCUACGACGAUCGAUCGCCCGAAUCACCAUCGUAAGGGUUCGAAAAAGCUCUCGAAGUCUAGCAAUGACAAGAGGCCCCUCAGGGAGGGAUGAUUUUGUCAUUUGGUCAAAAAUCAAAUGGGUAUUUUGGUCAUUAUGCCCAAAAACGGGAUUUUAUUUUAAUUCAUUUAACAUGUAAUUUUCAGCAAUUUGGAUUAAUUUUGAGCAUUCCACCCAUGUUUGGUGGUUGUUCUACAUAAACAUGUUUAGGUCAUUUGUACAGGGGCUUGAUCAUUUUUUAAUGAAAUUGAGGCAUUAAGCUCAUGUUUUGCUUCUAACUCCUAGAUUAAGUGGUGAGGAGAGAGAAAGCUUUUAGAAAGAGAAACUACCCUUAGCCCAUACACCCUAGCCUACACCAUAGCCCCUACAUCCAAGUCUAGACCCUAUACCACCCUAGUUCAUACAUCCUAGCCUACCCCAUGAUCCAUACACACCAACCUUGACCCACGUCUAGCCCCCUCUCUCUCUCAUGUGUAAGCAAGGGGUCUAAAGGUGGAGCACCUAGACUUGGUCACACCCCACACCUAUUCUUUCCCCUCUCUCCUUCUUUCUCUCUCUACCCCGUUCUUUCUGCACAACAACCCGAAGCCACAGCUACUUACAGCUCCUCUCUCUCUCUCUGUGCACUCCUUCACUGUGUACGGAGCCGCAGCAAAACCUGCAGGGACGGAGCUGCAGCAGCUCUGUCUCUGCAUCUCCGUUCCUGCAGCUCCGUCCUUGCUAUCUCUGCAGCUCUAUCUCUACAGCUCCGUCCCUGCAACUCCAUCUCUGCAGCCCUGUCCCUGCAGCUCUGUCUCUGCAGCCCCAUCCUUGCAGCCCCAUCCUUGCCGCUCCAUGUCUGCAACUCCAUUCCUGUAGCUCCAUCCAUGCAGUUCCGUCUCUACAGCUAUGUCCCAGCUCCGUCUCUUUCUCUCUGCGCUCUUUCGUUGCGUAUGGAACUGCAGCAAAACCUGCAGCUGGCACCCUGUGGCUCCACUCUCAUCUUUUUGCCUCUUUUGUACUCACACGUGUGUCCGACCCGUCGCGCGGACACGAACCUUUCUUGUCAUUUUUCCUCACUCUCUCUUGUAUACCGAUAGUAUCUCUUAACCACUAUGUGUUGGACUUAGUGCUCUUUAGAGCCAUUUUAAGAGUUUUAACACUCCGAUUACCACUCCAACUUCCACUCCAUACAGUUGAGUUGAGUUAUCAGAGGCAUAUAUGCUCUCGCCCUCACUCACUCCGUUGGAGUCAUCUUGAGUUGGUAGUCAUGAGAGUUCCAACUCUUUUGUUGCUCUGAUUGUCGAGUCUUGUAACGCUCAGAUGGGUAAGAGAAUGUCAGUCCCCCCUCUUCUUCAUUCCUUCUUUGCCAGCCAACCCCCAUUCGUGUGAACCAUCAUAGUGGAGUGCCAUUUGAACUCAUACUGCAAGUUUCGAGAUAAAAGGACGAGAUGAUGUGUUGAAAUUUGAGGAGAGUUCGUGUCCAAACCGUGCUGGCAGAUAGCCGGAGGGCUGCGUAAUUAUUUUAAGAGGGCGACUGCUCGGGCAUAUCUCCGAACCCCCAAACGACGAGGUAGGCGCCUAAACGCAUCCUUGUCGAUAAAAUUUCUCUUGUUGUUGGUUCCUAUCCGCAUUAAGAAGAGCACAUGUGCACGCUUAAUACACCAAGGCAUGUGGCCCCUUCGCGGUUGUUUGAGAGAGUUUUCUCCGGACUGACACACUGUCGAGCGCGAAAUGAAGAUCAAGCCUUGACCAACUGUGAGUAUGAAAGAGGCAAAAACAUGAGGGUGGGGCUGCAGGUGACGGAGCCGCAGGUGAUAGAGCCACAGGUUUUGCUGCAGUUCCGUACACAGAGAAAGAGCGCAGAGAGAAAGAGAUGGAGUUGCAGAGACAGAGUUGUAGGUAUGGAGCUGUAGAGAUGGAGCUGCAGGGACGGAGCUGUAGGGACAGGGCUGCACCAACGUCGAAAGAUUGGUGGUUUGUGAUGAUGAAGACUGGGAAGAGCUGGGAUUUACCCUUGCAGCACUUGCUCAUGUUUCGCACAAUUCCAUGCCAGACAAAAAGAACAAUAAGUUAUGCCACGAGUGGAGGUCUGGCUGUUCAACCAUUGCAGGAACAUGCAUGCUUUAGUAUUUCAUCCCCAUCAUCAUGCAUGGAAGAUAUAUCUCUUUUCCUGAAGUACAUCAACCUCUUUGCAGCUUUUGAUAUGGUUAUGUACAACAAAAGGAAAUGGAAAGUUCGCACAACAUCAAGCUCUUAUCCACUAGGGUUAUGUACAACAAACGGAAAUGGAUAGUUCACACAACAUAAAGCUAUUGUCCACUCCUCUUGUAGUCCUUUGUCAUUGCACAGAGAAAUUUGUAAUGGACAAGUCUUGAAGGACACUUCAAUAUUGAUGUUCCUGUUGCUUGCUAUCAUUCCUUGCUACAUUGUUUAGUGCAGUUUUGGGUUUGGUUAUGAUGGGUUUGAAAUUGAAUUACCUACAAGUACCUUCAUCAACUUGUAUUCUCAAGAUGGAAAGCACUAUUUAUUUAUUUUUUUAUGAUA